AUGGGCAGUGGGAAUUAUGGGGAGUAUACCUACGAGAACCUGGAGAGGGAGCCCUACUGGCCCUCUGAGAAGCUCAGGAUCUCCAUUACGGGAGCUGGGGGUUUCAUUGCCUCCCACAUUGCCCGGCGCCUAAAGAAUGAGGGCCACUACAUUAUUGCUUCCGACUGGAAGAAGAAUGAGCACAUGACAGAGGACAUGUUCUGCCAUGAAUUCCACCUGGUUGACCUCAGGGUGAUGGACAACUGCCUGAAAGUAACUAAAGAUGUUGACCAUGUGUUCAAUCUCGCUGCCGACAUGGGAGGAAUGGGUUUUAUUCAGUCCAACCAUUCGGUGAUCAUGUACAACAACACUAUGAUCAGCUUCAACGUGCUUGAGGCUUCCAGGGUUAACGACGUCAAGAGGUGUGCAGAAUAUUGUUGCCUUGUCCAUGCUUCAAUCUUCAUCUUAAUAAUUUCUAUGAAUUUAUAUCUACCAAAUUUAAUGAUUUUCUAUUUUUAUGUUGGAGAUGGCAAUGCCCCUCCCUCCCCUCCCUCACCCCUAAGUUCUUUUUACUUAUUUUUUUUCCCUUAAAUAGUAGUGAACUGGCUUCCCUUCGAUGUAGGCAAAUACUAAAGGCCACAAGAACAUUCACCUGCCUUUUGGAGAAGUUGAUGCCUUCCUUCUCCACCUUUUUCUUCAUCCGUUUUUUCAUUCUCAGAUGUGGGAUCUCCACAUUCGCGGCCUCUAUGGAGACCAUACUUGCCAACCUGUCAUUAGUUAGUUCCCCUUAACUAUCCUCCAAAAGCUACCCUGAUUAUCAACCUUGAUUUCUGCCUUCGCUUCAAAAUUGCCUGUUUCUCCAUUUAUAGUAAAAAUCCCUUGCGUGUUUCUUGCAGGCUCUUCUAUGCAUCCAGCGCCUGCAUCUACCCGGAGUUCAAGCAGCUGGACACAACAAACGUCAGCCUGAAGGAGUCCGACGCUUGGCCAGCUGAGGUCCACCCACCCCCACCCACACCCCCACCCCCCAGCCCCCUCUCCUAUCUCCUCUCUCUUCUCUCCUCUUCUUUCAGAGGCAUUUUUUUUCAAGAACCUUGAGGGAAUCACUCAUUGGUCAUUCCCUUAAUUGGAACUGCUGCAGCCCCAAGACGCCUACGGCCUGGAGAAGCUCGCCAGCGAGGAGCUCUGCAAGCACUACACCAAGGACUUCGGCAUCGAGUGCCGGAUCGGCCGCUUCCACAACAUCUACGGCCCCUUCGGCACAUGGAAAGGCAAGCCCACCAGACCCAAACCCCUAAGACCAGACCCACUCGCCAUCUUCCCCAUCUUCGAUCCCCUGAAAAGAUGAUCCCUUUUUCUGGUUCCUUCUCUCUACCAGGUGGCCGGGAGAAGGCCCCAGCAGCCUUCUGCAGGAAGGCCAUCACCUCCACCGACAAAUUCGAGAUGUGGGGCGACGGCCUGCAGACCCGGUCCUUCACCUUCAUCGACGAGUGCGUCGAGGGCGUGCUGAGGUGGCCACCCCGACCCUGGAAUUCUCUCGUUUCCCUGUCUGGGGUCUUCCAUUGAUAUCUAAGUUUGUGGGCCCCGCAAUCUUGGUCUUCCAAAAAUCGUCUUGCCCAGGUUGACCAAGUCGGACUUCCGGGAGCCGGUGAAUAUUGGGAGCGACGAGAUGGUCAGCAUGAACGAGAUGGCGGAGAUCGUCCUCAGCUUCGAGGACCGCCUGCUCCCGAUCCACCACAUCCCCGGGCCAGAGGGCGUCCGCGGCCGCAACUCUGACAACACCCUCAUCAAGGAGAAGCUCGGCUGGGCCCCCACCAUGAAGCUGAAGGUACCUGCUCUUCUCCCUCACCAGUAGGUCAACGCAAAACUAACGGCUAAUUAGUCUACACUAGAAAUCGGCAAAAUAAUAAUAUAUAUAUAUAUAUAUGGUUGGAUUAUUAAAACUGAAGUUUAACCGGUGGAAUUACUCUUCUUGUUAGAAUAAAUGGCUUUGAUUUGACUCUGGAUCUGUAGUGUUUGUCUGAUCCGUUGACUUCUGGGGGAAAUGGCGGCAGGACGGGCUGAGGAUUACCUACUUCUGGAUCAAGGAGCAGAUCGAGAAGGAGAAGGACAAGGGGAUCGACCUGUCGGUUUACGGGUCGUCGAAGGUGGUGGGCACCCAGGCUCCAGUCCAGCUGGGCUCCCUCCGGGCUGCCGACGGGAAGGAAUGA